UCUCUGACCUCUGACCCAAAUGUAGCUUCUUUCCAGGUUUCUGCAAGAUUCUCGUUGUUUCUCGGCUAUUUUGCAGCUUUUAGGAAGCCAUGGCUGGACGCGGACGCCACGGGGUGUCAUUUUCCAAACCCUCGGAACCGAGCUUCAUAAAACAGUUCAAGGAACGCGUAGGAUACAAGGAGGGGCCAGACAUCAACACAAAAAGAGCAGAAGAGAAACCACCAGAAGAAGAGGAGGAAGAGGCAAGGGAUGACAGAGACGAUGAGAAGCCAACAGUUGUGGUCUUGAGGAAAGGAGAUCUCACUCAGGAGGAGGCUGACAGAUGGGAGGAGGAAAAGGAAAAGAAGGAUGAAGAAACAGCAAUAGCAGAAGGGAGAAUCACAUUCAAGAAGCCAGUAAAGAGAUCAGCCGAGGAGAAGACAGACUUAAAUGCCAGCACAUCAACAAAGAAGAGGAAAGACGACAAACCUGACAAAAAGAGUAAAAUGAAGAAAGUGAAAAAUUCUAGUUUGUUAUCUUUUGGAGAUGAUGAGGAGGAAGAGGAUGGUUGAUGGACGUACAUUGUACUGAUUGGUAGAUAAUUGGUGUUGCCAUGGUAACUUGUGCUAUACAAACAAUUAAACCAAGGCUGCUGUAGAUAAAGGUGCAUGUUUCGAUGUUUUCUUAUGGUCUAUUGAUGUACAUUGUACCCCGUGUUGUGAAUCAUAAUAAAAAUCUCCACAUGAAGAGGCUUAUCAUGAUU